CGCAGCAGCACCGACGCUCUCUCUGGACUAAAGGCAAAUGUGGCGGCAUCACCUGUAGCUUGUGUACGCGGCGCCCACGUCCAUCCCCCCCCCACCCUCCGGCUUCCUUCUACGGGAAAAGGAUGGCGCGCGCGGAGCGGCAGCCGCGGCCGAGUCAUCAACACCGCGGACCGCUGCGUUCUCGUCCAGGUGGCGCGGCCAGGACGAGCUGAUCCCACGUAGAACAAGUGGGAGGAAGCAAAGAGCUGCGUGUGAGGCGCCAGGAGGAUCAUUUGCAGGAUAUUAACAGGAGACAUUCUCUCCCAGAAACAGAGCGUCCAGAUGAAUCCCAUGACUCAGCUUUACUACAAGAAGGCGACGUACUCGCCAUACCGCGACCGCAUCCCGCUGCAGAUCGUGCGGGCCGAAGUGGAGUUGUCGGCGGAGGAGCGGGCCUACCUCACGGCGGUGGAGAAGGGCGACUAUGCAGGUGUCAAACACGCUCUCCGUGAGGCGGAGGUCUACUACAACAUGGACGUCAACUGUCUGGACCCGCUGGGCCGCAGCGCUCUACUCAUCGCCAUCGAGAACGAGAACCUGGAGAUCAUGGAGCUCUUGCUGGACCAUGGCAUCCAUACCGGCGAUGCCUUGCUCUACGCCAUCAGAAAGGAGGUGGUGGGCGCCGUGGAGCUGCUGCUGUCACACAGAAGGCCGAGCGGUGAGAAACAGGUUCCUUCUCUGAUGAUGGACAGUCAGUUUUCUGAGUUCACCCCCGACAUAACUCCAAUCAUGCUUGCUGCUCACACCAACAACUACGAGAUCAUCAAGCUGUUGGUGCAGAGGAAGGUCACCAUCCCCAGACCGCACCAGAUCCGCUGUGACUGUGUGGAGUGUGUCUCCAGUUCAGAGGUGGACAGCCUACGGCACUCACGGUCUCGACUUAACAUUUACAAGGCUUUGGCGUCACCCUCACUCAUUGCACUGUCCAGCGAGGAUCCGAUCCUGACGGCCUUCAGAUUGGGCUGGGAACUCAAAGAGCUCAGCAAGGUGGAGAAUGAGUUCCGUCAGGAGUAUGAGGAACUGUCUCAGCAGUGUAAACGUUUUGCCAAGGACCUUCUGGACCAGGCCAGGAGUUCCAGGGAACUUGAGACCAUCCUGAACCACAGGGACAAUGACCAGAGCGAAGAACUGGACCCUAGACAGUGCCACGACUUGGCCAAACUCAAGCUAGCCAUCAAAUAUCACCAAAAAGAGUUUGUGGCGCAGCCAAACUGCCAGCAGCUGUUGGCCACCUUAUGGUACGACGGCUUCCCUGGCUGGAGGCGGCGCCACUGGGUGGUCAAGCUGGUCACCUGUUUCAUCAUCGGACUCCUGUUCCCGGUCUUCUCACUGAUCUACCUGCUGGCCCCCAAAAGCGCGCUGGGACGCUUUAUCAAGAAGCCCUUCAUCAAGUUCAUCUGUCAUACGGCAUCCUACCUGACCUUCCUCUUCCUGCUGCUGCUGGCCUCGCAGCACAUCGCUCGCACCAACCUGCACAUGCAAGGACCGCCGCCCACCAUCGUGGAGUGGAUGAUUCUGCCGUGGGUGCUGGGAUUCAUCUGGGCAGAGAUAAAGGAGAUGUGGGACGGGGGCUUCACAGAGUAUAUCCAUGACUGGUGGAAUCUGAUGGAUUUCGCCAUGAACUCCCUCUACCUUGCCACAAUAUCACUGAAGAUAGUGGCCUAUGUGAAGUACAACUCCUCGAGGCCGAGGGAGGAGUGGGAGAUGUGGCACCCCACGCUUAUCGCCGAGGCGCUAUUCGCCAUCGCCAACAUCUUCAGCUCGCUGCGACUCAUUUCGCUCUUCACCGCCAACUCGCACUUGGGGCCACUACAGAUCUCUCUGGGGAGGAUGCUGCUGGACAUCCUCAAGUUCCUUUUCAUCUACUGCUUGGUCCUGCUGGCGUUUGCCAACGGUCUGAACCAGCUGUACUUCUACUACGAGACCACGGCCUCAGAAGAACCCAACAACUGCAAAGGCAUCCGAUGCGAACGGCAGAACAACGCUUUCUCAACGCUCUUUGAGACACUGCAGUCGCUCUUCUGGUCCAUAUUCGGUCUGCUCAACCUCUACGUCACCAACGUGAAGGCUCGCCACGAGUUCACAGAGUUUGUGGGAGCGACCAUGUUUGGCACAUACAACGUGAUCUCACUGGUGGUUCUCCUCAACAUGCUCAUCGCCAUGAUGAACAAUUCGUAUCAGCUCAUUGCUGACCACGCUGACAUCGAGUGGAAGUUCGCCCGCACCAAGCUGUGGAUGAGCUACUUUGACGAAGGUGGAACACUGCCGCCUCCGUUCAACAUCGUCCCGAGCCCCAAGUCCAUCUGGUACCUGCUCAUGUGGCUCCACAAUAAGCUGUGUGGCCGAGGACAGCUGCCCGGGGACGAUCCGCACAAGUGCGAGAACCUACGAGAGUUCACCGAGCGUCAUGCUGACAGUCUGAUACAGAACCAGCACUACCAGGAAGUCAUCCGGAGCCUGGUGAAGAGGUACGUGGCCGCCAUGAUCCGCAGCGCCAAGACAGACGAGGGUCUGACGGAGGAAAAUUUUAAGGAGUUAAAGCAGGACAUCUCCAGUUUCCGCUACGAGGUCCUGGAUCUGCUCGGCAACAGGCGUCCUCCUCGCCGACAUUACUCCUCCUCGAGCGAUGCGGCCAGAGACGAUGGGGGUGUGGCCUCGGAGGACGACAGCGAUCCGGGCGACGGCCAGCGAUCGAAGGGCGUGACCUUCACCACGCCCCUGGUGGACAAUUCCAGGCAAGCGUCGACGCUGGGCGUCUCCGCCCUGGUGCGCUCCAUUUCCGGGAUGAGUGGCGUGGAGAAAGAGGGCGGGGCCGAUGCGGGGGAGGAGGACUGUGUGGGCUGGGGUGAGGAGGAGGAGGAGGAGGAAGAAGAGGAGGAAGGCAAACCAAAGAGCAAUGGGCUGAAGACAACGGGGGUCCUGCUUUCUGCCACCACCACCCUUACCCCGCCGUCGUCGUCAUCGCUGGCAUCGGCGCUGUCGUCCUCGCUGGCUCGCACGAGGAACCGCCUACAGCGUAUGUCGGCGCCGACGGCAAAGACGGAUUCCUUUAAGCGCCUGUCCUUCCUGUUCUCCCGCUCCAAACGCAGAGCCCCGCCCAUGCCACUUCCCCUCCAAGCCCCGCCUUCCUACACCAUCUCCGACGGGCUGCUCUUGCCGCGGGGGGGCCGCGGCGACUUGGGACUGGGUAGCGUGACCCGGAGCGAGACUUGCCUGAACGAGGUGGGCCGCUCUGUGGACGCCGGCAGCCCCUCCUUCUCGCCGCACAGAACAAACGGACGUGAUUCGCUCCUGACGCUGCCCCCGCCGCCGUGCCCCUGCCAAUCGCUGCACUGCGCCUCCAACAUGUCCGAGUCCAGCUCACGCCUCUUGGACUCCAGCGAGGACGUUUUCCAGGUCGGCGGUGGCGGCAUGGAGGGCGCCGGCGGGAGCGGGCUGAUGAUGGUGAUGGGAGGGUGGGUCGGACCUUGUGACGACACCGUCGAGGACAGCUGCGAAGUCAUCGAGGACUCGGUCAGCACGCAACUAUAGGCGGCGACGUCUGACUGGUCUAAUGCUCGAGAUAGGAGGCCGGCCCAAUUAAAAGCCACGCCCACUGGAACGGGACAUUAGCUCGCUGAACGUGCAUUAGCCCGUUAACAAGGCAAUUAGCGCAUCGGCCUAUCGUUUGUUUUUGAUUUUUUUUUUUUACGCGCUGACAUCACUUUGCAAUAAGACACAUUUUUUGGAACGUCUGACAGUCGGUUACAGAAUGAGGAGCCGCAAAAACGUCAAAAACGGCAAAAUAAACGGACGAGCUGGUUUGUCCCUUUAAACAAUUCAAGCCGCUGGAACACAGGAAGUACCAGGACUGGACCAAAGUCUAAAUGGCUUAAGAAGGACAAAGAGAAGCCCCGCCCCCUUGACACUACUGUGACCGCCUGCAUCCCCCCCUCCCCCCCUUCUGCACCAAUCAGGGCCAAGGAACGUCUUUCUAACACUUUUACUAGUAAUAACACUAUUAAUAAUAUUAAUAAUAAUAAUAAUAACACUAAUAAGGACUUUUGUGGUUUGCUUCUUGUUGCCUCUGAGACUUCUCUCCUUCGGUUCUUCCUCUUUUUUUCUUACCUUUUUUCUAAGCCGCUCGAUCAAAAACAAAACCUUGUUGGAUGUGAAAGACGGCGGUGGAGGACAAGUGAGGACACGCUCGUCUCUUUGCUACUAACGCCAACCUUCUUUUCAUCUCUAGAAGAUUCUUUAGGAGUCGCUCCGGCAAGAGCGGACGACUUUGACGCGACUCUAAGCGCUACAGAAAUUAUACAUGUUUGAGCACACACACGCACACACUGCUUCUUCAACGUCUUUCCCCCCAAAAACAUGAGGCUGCAGUAACCACCAGCGCCACCAGGGGCAGCGUUACUAUAGUGACCUGCUGCAACACUGAUUGGGCGGAGCAUCCAUCACCAAUCGCCAUAACGACACAGAAACCUCUUAAAGGACAUACACCCCCAAAUAUUAGACGUGAACACACUUAUUGACCAGUAUUGACAGCCGUAAAAGCUCCUUCGAUUGACGAGCACACACACACACACACAGAGCUGAUAAUCAAUCAUUCUGAUGGAUCAAUAUCAGUAAUGGUGGUCUGAUUCCCUACAGUGUGUGUGUACGCGUGUGUGUGUGUUGUCCCAUCUGCUUCUUUAGAAGACUAAUCUCCUUCGGUGACACACACUCAGACAGCACUGUCUCCUGAGGGCGGGGCUUCAUCAUGUUUUAUUCAUACACGCGCGUGCAUGUGGCUUUACAUGCAUGUGCCCAAUCACUCACACAAAUUAUUACUGUACACACAGGACGUUAUAUCACUUUGACCAUACGAUUUAUGUUCAGACAACAGCAGGAAAACAAGGACAAACACACAGGGCGUGAAUAAUAGCAGUGUGUUUGUGUGAGAGUGUGUGUGAGAGAGUAUUGGUCUCGACACUAAUUAAACCUUAAAGGAAAACUGCAACUUUGGGGGAAAUGUCAUUUCUUCAACCAUGCACAAUCCCCAUGUGAGACAAAAACUCUCUUUUCUGUGCGUCCUUAAUACAUUAAAAACAAAUGCUAAUAAGAGGUGGCUAACAUUGCAGGUAAUAGGGGUUGAAUCUAUCUCACAUAUAAAGCACUCUAAAAAAACAACAGCGCUGGGGAUACAUGCUGAGAAUAAACUGUAUCUGUAACGUAGUAAAAGGUUUGAUAACAUGGAAUAUUUACUGUAUUUUUCUCGUUUUCAAAUAUGCGAUAUGUCUGAGAAAAACUAAGUUUUAAACAUUCAUUUUUGCGUCAAAUAAUCACUUUUGAAUUUCCUUUUAACAACAUAUCAAAAAAAUAUGAUCCAAACAAGUUGUGCAGUGAACGGAGAGACGGCAGGGACACCGAAACAAGGUCGCGACUUAGCAUAAUUAGCAUGAUCUAGCUCGCGUUGACGUCUGUUUACUAUGCUGCUAAUCAUAUUUGCUUGAUUACAAUCCCAACACUCUUAGAAUUCUGAACCAGUUGUAGUUCCGGAGCGUUUAUUAGUAGCCAGUGAGAAGGUGUAUUUUAGACGUGACGCAUGUAAACAGCAGAAGUAUAUUACCCAAGGGGGCGUGGCUAUAGGAUAAAGUUGCCAAAUGGGAAACGUUUUCUAAGUUUGUUGCAUGCAUGUUACAUAUUAGUACAUUACAUUUUCAAUUAUAAUGAUGUUAUUAUAUUAUCUACUAAAAAAACAUGUGAUGCUGUGGUACAUUACAUGGACAUAUAAGUGUCAAAAAGACAGCCAAAAUAGUAUAUAUAUAUAUAUAUAUGUAUACGGUAUAUCUAUCCAUCCAUCUAUCUAUAUAUAUAUAUAUAUAUAUAUAUA